CUCGGGUUGCUAAGCAACGUCAGAAGAGUCCUCUACUUCUCUAGAAGCAGGAGGAUCCGUCGGCUACAAAUUACUUCGGUUUAUCGUACAACGUCGGUGCACAGGGUUUUAUGGUUAAAAGAUUAUUGUUUUAUAUCUGUAAAUGCGUAUAGAAAGGAAAAAAAAAAAUCGUCCUUCUAAUAUAGCAGACCCAGAUAGCUCUAAAUGCUAGUUAGCUUAGCUGAUUAGCUUAGCUGUUUUCUCCUAAGCAGCUAGUUACGUAGCUAACGUUCUGCUAACUGACUACAUACUAGAUUAAACCAUCAUGGCAACUCAGAGACCACCAUCAGGCAGGCCAUUGAGCAGGAGUUCUUUAGUCCCGGGGACUGCAAGACCACCAACUGGUGUCAGACCUCCACAGACAGCGAUCAGGGUGGGAACCGGGAUGGUGCCAGGUACUGGACGUCCAGGGACCAGGGCUGGACCUAUUGCCACCCCGGGUGUGUUAUCAGCUCAGAUUAAAGUCACUGAUCGUCCUGUCACUCAACAGGGUCUCAGUGGAAUGAAGACUGGCGGGAAAGGACCCCAGAGACAAAUCCUGGAUAAAUCCUACUACCUGGGUUUACUCCGGAGUAAAAUAAACGAGCUCACAACAGAGAACAGCAAGCUACAGAAAGAGAUUGACGUCUUCAACCAGGAGAACUCGGCUUAUCUGUCAUAUGAAAAAAGAGCCGAAAGCCUGGCUGGAGAAAUAAAGGAUCUACAGGGACAUCUUGCCGACUACAACAUGCUGGUUGACAAACUGAACACCAACACAGAAAUGGAUGAAGUAAUGAAUGAAAUCAGCAUGCUGAAAGUACAGAACGACCGAGAAGCCCAAAGCAUAGACGCCAUAUUCACAGAGAGAAGAGAGAAGGAGGACUCGAUCCAUGCUAUAGAGGAAGAGAUAGAAAGGGAGAAGCAGGCAGCAGAUGACAUCGUGAAACAAAUGCCUCCAGAGAAACAAGCCAAGUAUGCUGAGAUGAAAGCCGUCAACAAGGAGCUGCUACAGGAACUGGCAGCACGGCAGGACGAGCUGGACACACUGAUGACCAGAAAGGAAACAUUAGAGGCUGAUUUGGAGCACAGUCAGGUGAAGCAGGAGGCCGUGGUGCUAUACGAGCGGCUGCACGACCUGGAGCUGCGCCGAGACGCCCUGGAGGCUGAAGAAAAGAACGUGAUCUCUCCACAGGAGGAAAGAGAACGUUUGCUGAAACAGGUGAAAGAAGAUAAUCAGGAAAUCGCCAGCAUGGAGCGGCAACUGACUGAAACGCGGGAGAAAAUCAACCGGCUCGCGGAAGAGUUGCGACAGCUUGACAUGGACAUGGAGGACCAUCAAGGUGAACGAACCCAAAAGUAUAAAGAGUUGCAGAAAAAAGAAGAGGAAAUCGACGCUUACCUGGAGGCGUUCGACGCAAACCGAGCUCAGGAGAUGGAGCACAUUAAGGAGUCCCAGGCCAGCAUCGUGGCUCUGCUGGAGCAGUCUAGCAGGAUGAUGAAUCGUAUGAAUCAGCUGUCGGCCAUCAGUCCCCAUGAGCUCAAGUCCAUGCAGGAGGACCUCAGCUUUAAAGAGACUGAGAUGCAGAAAUCUCAGAGUACAGCCAAGGGACUGUCUUCUGAGUGUGAGCGUCUGCAGCAGGACCUGCUGAAUGUAGAACGUCUGGAAGGGAAAGUGCAGGCAGAGAUGAACUCUCUGAAAGAAAAGAUCCAGGAGAUGAGUGAAGGACUGAAGAUGUACAGGGAUCUGGACGCCCUGAAGGCCUCCGGAGAUCAGAAGAUGAAGAUGUUGCAGGAAGAACGAGUCUCUCUAAUGGAGAGGAGAGAUGCCUUUAAGAAGAUUAAUCAAACGAUGAAUCAGGAAUACGAGGCUCUUGCAGCACAGCUGCAGGAGAACGAGACUCACACACAGCUGACAAAUCUGGAAAGGAAGUGGCAACACCUUGAACAGAACAACUUCGUUAUGAAAGAGUUCAUCGCCUCUAAAGGCAUGGAGAGCGAUUACCGGCCCGUGAAGAAGAAUGUCACCAAGCAGCUGUCGGAAUACAAUAAGAUCAUCAUGGAUGCUUUGCAGGGCACCAAAAACUGAGCGACACUUCCUGCCUCCCUCGGCCACCUCUACGGCUCUGCGACUUCAUCACUGACUCACUUCCCCUGCAGGACUUCUCUCCUACUCAACAUUCCAAAGGCAUGGCGCACGUGCCGUAGAGAUUAGAGACCGUCCCACGGGUGAAAAAAACACACUCUAUCUUUCUCUGAUUUAUCCUUGACAGCCCUUUGAUGGCAAAUACAUGGACACAGAGCGGCAUAGAGAAGAGUUAAGAGUAGGAAACUAAAUCAACUAUAUGGAUCUUUAUACUGGAAUAUUAUUUUAUUAAUAAUUAGAAAUAAAUACUUUGAUUGGAAAACUUUGAGGAUGUAAAUUUCAAAUAAAACUCUAAAUCUCUAAAUUGCGCCAUAGUAAAUUAUACACUCAAUUCAAUCUGAGUACUUUAACAUGCAUCAGAGUCUCGUUUGAAAUUUUGGGACGGUGGAAUUUUACUUUUUUUCCGUAAAGUACGAUGCAUUCCGAAUGAAGCUUUAUUUCCUUGAUUGCUGCAACAUGCUGUGUUAUGAAUCAAUGUUCUGUUUAGUCUGUGAAUGAUGUUUUAGGAAACAAUGGCACGAUGUGUCAUUUCCAGAUUUUGGCGAGUCUCAGGCAUCGGGGCAGUAAGGGGUUAAUGGCAGACAGGAAGAGCGCUGGCUGAUAACACUAUUGUUUUAAUGUUAUUGGUUUCCGCUUUGCUUUAUCAGAGAAGGGGGUUGCCCAGUGUUCUCCUCAAAUUCAUGGCUCUCUCAUCCUCUCACCCACCCAGUCGUCUGCCUCGUGUGUGCACACUCAGAGCCUCUGUCCUCUCUCAUAAACACCUCCUGUGUGUGUGUGUGUGUGUGUGUGUGUGUGUGUGUGUGUGUGUGUGUGUGUGUGUGUGUGUGUGUGUGUGUGUUUUCCCCCUCAGAAACAUGAUCUUCAUCCUUUCCCCCAUUACACAAGCCCCUCACAUGGAUUGCAGCCAGGGGUGUAAGAGACACAGUGGCAGUAGGGCUGGUGCUAGAGGUCAGGUGCAAGAGCUCUCAAGCCAGUGUUUAUAUACAGUUGAGGCCAAAAUUAUUAGCCCCCUUAUGAA